AUGGACAUUAAAUCCGAUCAGAGUGACAAAACAAGCACGCUGUACGAAGAAAAAUGCCAAGUCAUAGAAGAUAAGGAAUCUGCCGAAGAGAACAGCAACAAGGAAAGUGCACAAAAAAUUAUGGAAGGGGAAAUAGUACAAGAAGAAAAACAGAAUUUAGUUGACACAGAAAAUACAGAGUUUAUCGAUUCAUUGGCUGACGAAAGUUGCUCUGAAAAAACAGCACUCGCAGAUGACUGUGCAGACAUUUGCUGUACUGGUAACACUCCAUUUCAACCACGUGAUAAAGCCAUACUACAGCAAACAAAAUUCACAAUAAAGAGAAAGAAUAAAACCAUAACAAGAGCUGUUCAAGGGAAUUGGUUUGAUGAUUUUCCUUGGCUUACACUUUGCACAACUAGAAAAAAUGUCUUCUGCUUUUUCUCCAGAAAGGCUGUUAAGAGAAAAGUUUUGAUGCUGAGUAAAAAUGCGGAAUUGGCCUUUUCUAAAAAUGGCUUUUCAAACUGGAAAAAGGCCAUGAAUCGUUUCAGGGAACAUGAAAAUUCAUCAGCUCAUGAAGAGGCAGAAUUAAAUAUUAGGAGAUUGCAAAGUGGUGCCAUGGCUGUAAGUGAGCAGAUAGAGAAAAAGGAAAAGGAAGACCAGAAGAAAAGACGAUUGGCACUCUCCUGUCAGUUGUCUUCCUUGAAAUUUCUAUUGCGACAGGGACUUGCAGUCAGAGGACACAGUGAAUCUGAAGGUCACCUCACUCAGCUACUUAAAUUGCGAGCUGAAGAUAACCCAACAAUCUUGUCAUGGAUUGAAAAGGGGAGAUAUGUUUCUCCAGAAAUUGUGAAUGAACAAAUUUCUCUGAUUGGACUGGUAAUCUUGAGAUCUGUGCUUGAUGAUGUAAGACAGGCAAAAUGGUUUUCUAUUAUGGCAGACGAGACUAUGGAUGUUGCAUACAAAGAACAGUUAGUUGUAUGUGUCAGAUGGGUUGAUGACAGCUUCAAUAUUCAUGAAGAUAUGUUAGGUCUUUUUGAAAUUCAUUCACAAACAAGUGACUUUAUAGCUUUGGCAGUGAAAGAUGUUCUUAUUAGAAGUGGUUUGCCCUUAGAAUUAUGUCGGGGUCAGGCAUAUGAUGGUGCGCCAAAUAUGUCGGGACACUUAACAGGUGUAGCAAAACAAAUCCAGAACCAGUAUCCAUCUUCCAUUAGCGUCCACUGUUUUGCUCAUUGUAUUAAUCUUAGUGUUCAAGAUGUUACCAAAAAAUGUUCCGCAAUACGUGACUCAAUGAACUUGGUCACUGAAAUUGAAAAACUUAUUUGUCUAUCUCCAAAGAGAAAACAUCUCUUCAUGCAAAAGAAAUUGCAAGAAACAAAUCUUAGUUCACCAAACCUCAGACCAAUUUGUCCAACUCGAUGGACUGUUAGAACAUAUGCUAUAGAAUCUGUAAUUCAGAACUACAAAGUUCUACAGGACGUUUUAGAUGACAUACAUACUAAUACUAAUGAUGAAUACUCCAGACGAGCAGGUGGACAACUGGCUAUGAUGGAAAAGUUUUCAACUUAUUUAGGAUUGAAGCUAUCACACUUAAUAUUUGCUGCAUCUGAGCAGUUAUCCAUUUCAAUCCAGGGGAAAAAUACUUCAGCACAGGAUGCUAUCAGAGCUUCAAAAGCCACUGUAUCCUUCUUUGAGCGCCAGAGAAAUGACUCUGUGUUUUCUGACUUUUAUGAUGCAGUUUGUGCAGAGGCAAAAGACCUGACAGACGAACCAUCAUUUCCAAGAUAUAGGCGUGCCCCCAAAAGAUUAGAUGAUGGAUCCAAUCCCCAUAGCUAUGACAAUCCCAAGGAUUACUUUAAACAGCAGUUCUUUGAAGCAUUAGAACAAGCUGUAGGCACUCUUGAAAACAGAUUUGAACAAAAAAACAUGACCAUCGUCAAGGAAAUCGAAUCACUUUUGUUAAAUGCAGCAAAUGGAGAGUUGUUUUCUGUGUCUGAAGAAAUUGCCAUGCUUUACAAAGAUGAUAUUUCUUUUCCAAGGCUUGAACAGCAGCUCAAAAUGUUGCCUGAUAUUUUCAAAGUUGACAGUGAAAAUGAAAUCAAAAAAGUUACCUUGAUAGAUACAAUUUGUCAACACAUGAAGGAGCCUAUCACAAAGAAACUUCUGUCAGAAGUUACGAAGCUUGUACAAAUUUAUCUUACCAUUCCAGUCACAACUGCCACACCAGAAAGAUCUUUUUCGUCCUUAAGGAGGAUUAAAACCUACCUCCGAAGUACAAUGACGCAGGCAAGAUUGAAUCACUGUAUGACUUGCUUUGUUCACAAAGAGAGAACAGACCAAGUCAACAUCAAAGAAAUAGCAAAGUCAUUCAUCCAGAAGAUUCCAAGUCGGAAACUGUACUUUGGAAACUAUUAA